CAAAGUGGCGGCGCCCAUCCGUCCAUCCCCCGGCUCUUCCCUCUCGUACGAGACAAGACAAUCGCUCGCUCUCGCUCUCCCUCCCUCUCGCGCCACGCCACCGCAGGCCACACCCACCAGGCCGACGGCUCAGGCCAAUCCAAAAAGCCAGCGGCCACCUAGCGAGCGCGCAUCUUCCUCCUCCCCAUCUCAUCUCUUGUUCCGCGCCACGCAGGCAGGCAUGAGCUCCUUCUUGUCAGCGCCGCGGGACGCGGACGUCGUCCGGCAGGGCAAGAAGAAGGCGGACGAGCCGGCGGAGCGAGCCCCGGCGCUCGACCUGCUCGACGACUACUGGUUCUUCAGCAACUCCCUCGGCGGCGGCGGCAGGGACGACGCCGCCAAGGGGAGGACCAGGCCGCCGCUGCUGCCCAAGUCGCCAUCCACGUCCUCGGCCGGUGCGGGCGCGUCCGGGCGGACGGCCAAGGCGAGCGCGUCCGGGUCCCGGAGGCUUCUCCGUACGCCGUCGCUCCCGGCGCCCCGCAUCGGGAUGGACCCCUCGUCGCCCAAGGACAACGAGCUGAUAGUGGAGGAGGACGCUGGCGGCGGCGAUCAGCAGGAGGCCGAGGUGGAGGACGACGACAUGAACUGGAGCAAGAUUUACGAGGGCGUCCUGCGCACCAGGAUCGCCGAGGAAGGCCGCGGCUCGUCGGCGCUCAACCGGGCGCCGUCCAUGCCGGUCACGUCGUCCGCAACCAUGGGUGACGGCAACGGCCGCCGACCCGCCGGGGUCACCGAGUCAACGCCGAGAAUGCCCAGGCUCAGGCACUCCCACAGCACGCUGGAGAGGCACUACCGCUCGCACACGCCCACCAAGCCUGACCGGACGCCGAGGACGACAGGCGGCGGCGGCAGAGCGGAGCGUGGCCCGCCGCGGCGCGACCUCCUAUCGUUCAGCGUGAACCAGCAGCCGGCCCUCGUCCGGAACAAGAGCAGCCUGCAGGACAAGAUGUGGAAGAGCUCGAGCGCGCUGGAGUCGAUCGAGGUGCAGGGGUUCAAGGACCUGGGCUUCGUGUUCGACCAGGAGGAGCUGAGGGAGAGCCUGGCGGACGUCCUCCCGGGCCUCCGCGACGACAAGACCAACAAGCCCCACAAGAGCUCCGGCUCCGUCUCCGGGUCCGGCAGCACCAGCGACAACGACGACUCGACCGCGAACGCCAACGGCAUCGUCAUCGGCACCAGCAAUAGCAACGCCGCGGGCAAUGACGUCGGCGACGGGGUCGUGCGGCGGCCGUACCUGUCGGAGGCGUGGCAGCACGGGGCGCGGUCUGCGCCCCCGACGGCGGCGGCGGCGAUAAGGCUGCAGCAGGCGGACGCGAGGUCCGCGGCGGAGAUGAAGGACCAGAUUCGCAUGUGGGCGCAGGCCGUCGCGUGCAACGUCCGACAAGAGUGUUAAAUGGCCGCCGCCGCCGCCGUGUGUGCCUCCAUGGCACAGGCCACACCUACGCUUCUACACACCGCAGAGAUGAUGAUCAAGAUUUGAAAAGAAGCCACGCUACUACGCCCGAUGAUGAUAUGACACUCCGAUUUUUGUUACUUCCUCCUCCGCCGAAGAUCCGACAUGGAUAAACAUACAUAGGUAGCUGUUCAGUUCAGUGCUCUCCCCUGGUUGAUUUCUGAAAUAAAAUCAUGUGGAAAUCAUCGAACCCUUUUGAUCCA